AAAGAAACAUGAAAGUUAUAAUUUCCAUUUUUAAGGAAAAGUAAAAGACAACAAAUUUACUGGUCUUUGACACGCGGCGUCCAUGAAGAGCUUCGGAUAUCCAAAGCCAAAUCCCAUGCCUGAAUCCACACCCGAAGCUAAUGGCUUUAAAAUGCAGGAAACCCUGCUCUGCUUUCUUCUACGGUCAUUCCUUUUCCCUGAGUUUUAAUUUUAAUGGCGUCUCUGAGGGUAUCCAUUCUGGUUUUCACAUUUGUUUCUGCCUUAAUCACAUUCUCUGAAGCAAGAGAUUUUCUGAUUGGAGGCCAUGCAAAUUCCUGGAAAAUACCGGAGAAUUCCACCCUGUCUCUGAAUAAGUGGGCAGAGCAAAACAGAUUCCAAAUCGGCGAUUCUCUCAACUGGAAGUACGAUAGCAAGGUGGAUUCAGUGCUUGAAGUGACGAAGGCUGACUACGAGAGCUGUAAUGCAGCGAAACCCAUUAAAGAGUAUAAGGACGGAAAUACCAAGGUUGAGUUGGACCGAUCGGGGGCGUUCUACUUCAUCAGUGGAGCCAAGGGGCACUGUGAGAAGGGAGAGAAGCUGGUCGUAGUUGUUAUGUCCCAGAAACAUUAUGGGAUGGAGUCUCCUGCGCCGGCACCAGCACCGGGGAAGAACAGUGCAGGACAUGCAAUGGGACGUGACUUACUAUCCUUCUGGGGAAGUUUGAUUUUGGGGUUGGCUUGUUUGGCGAGAUGGAUUUGAUCUGAGAAUAGUACUAGACAGAGAGGUGUUAAGUUAAUUCAAACGGAUCAUAAUGUGUUUAGUUGUGUGAAUGGAUUAGUGGUUCGGGUUUUGAAUAAUUGCACUUUAAAUCUGUUUUUGGUUAAGUAUUUAGUAGUAAAAAUAUGUCUCAUAGUUCAAAUUCUAAAACAAUGAUUUUUAGAUGGAGAGAACCUUAAUAUUAAUAAUGUUUGUAUUUAACU